AUGUUCAUUGCCAAUUACAUAAGCUCGUGGCUUAGCACAUAUAUACGUUGGUUUACCAAGCAUUGGAACAGAAAUUCCAUCUCGGUAAGCAUUUUAAAAGGUUGCAUUGAACUAAAGGAUAUUGAAUUAAGCACAGAUAUCACAGCAUUUUUAAGGGCAUCUAUUCCUUUAGAAAGGGCCAGUGUGGGACGGUUACGGCUGACUGUUCCCUGGACAGCACUAUAUUCAUGCCAAUGUGAACUUUUUCUUGAGGAUGUUCUGGCUGUUUUUAAAAACCAUUUUCAAGAGGAAGUUGCUGAUGACGAGGGGAAUCCUCUUGAGGGGAAAAAAAGAAUAGUUGAACUUUUGGACGCCAUUCGAUAUAAAUCACAAGGGAAUACCGAAACUAAACGUCAAGGGUUUUUAGAAAGACUUAAAUGGGUUAUAUUUCGUAAUAUGAAAUUAGUUGUUAAAAAUUUUACGGUGAGGUAUGAACUAAUAGGAACCUCUCCUCUCAGUGCUACAAUAAGGCUACAAUAUCUGUCAUGUAUCGCGGCCAACGCUAUGAAUGAGCCAUUUUUUGUCACAGAUGAUGAAUGCGACCUUUAUCGGAUUAUUUUGUUUCAAGGGCUUUCUUUUACUGUAGCUUCUUUGGAUUGUAUAGAAACUUCUAAUCGAUCAUGGCGCACGGAUUCCUUGCAUUCUUUUACAUCCUUUUUAAUUAAAGGAAUGGAAAAGGAGGUAGAAAAGUUUGGUUACGUUUUAAAACCCUCUUCAGGAAGAGCAUUUGGAUCUUUACAAUUCCAACCUCCUAAGUUGCAACUUGGGGCAUUUAUUUUGGUUCAUAGUUGUGGAAUAGAUUUGGACUUUAAAAAAAUUCAGGGAUUAUUGAUGAUGACUUCAUAUGUUGUUUCUUUUUGGCCAUGUGACAAGGAUGAAAAGAAGUUGCGACCAAUAGAAAAACCAAGUACUGUCAUACCCGGAAGUUGUGCCGCUUGGUGGAGGUAUAGCAUAGAUCGAAUUAUAUCAAAUACACGGGGUUGCGUAAAAAGAACAGCAUUUCAUUGGGCCACAUACCAAGAAUGGAAGUGUCAUUCGGAAGAGUAUUACAAGCAUUAUCUCUUGACCCUAGGGGCUCCUUGGCUUUUUGGAAUUGAUGUGAAUAAAACGAUAUUGGAAGAAGCAUUGAGCUCUUUUUCUAUCGGAUAUCUCAUUCAGAUUCGACAAGAAGCAAGGUUUACUUUGGAAGAGUUUCGUUUAACUGGAAGGGUUUUUCCCCGACACUAUGGGGAUACAAUUUCCGAUCGAGGAUUUGGUUACAAGGUAGCCGUUGUGGAGGUGCUGAAAGAUAGCGUGGUGAAUUCCCCAAUGCAGUUAGAAGUAUCUAUCUCUCUUGGAGUUCCUAAACUGCCUCUUUUUCUUAGGGGACACAACAUGCAUUUUAAUAUCGAUUUGACAGAUAUGUCUCUUCGAGUAUCUCGCUCUGCUGAUCUACUUCAGAUUCUUUUUUCUGCGUAUUCAAUUCAAGCUUUUUCAGAAGUUUCAGGUUUCAAUCGCGUCAAUACUGUUUUUAUUAUUGAUGGAACUAAAACCACCAAAGGUGUUGUUGUUACCUAUUUGCGAAAUGGUAAGAAUAAGGAUCUUUCUUUCGUUUUGACUUCUUUUAAAAUUCGAUAUAACCAAUGCAUUGCGGGAAAGCUGAUCGCUGAAUUUUACAUGCUUGAGUCGGAAAAUGCACUUGGUUGGGAUAAUUUUGUGCUGUAUUCGCUCCACGAUGUGGCUUAUCCACUGAAAACUCAAGUGAACAUUGGAAAUACGGCGUUAAAGUUGGGGAAGCUAGAGGUUUGCUUUGAGGACUUAAGUUUUGAGGUUCAAUGGAGAUGUUCUCGUUUAUUCGUGAGUGAGAUUUCUAAUUCACCGUUUAUUGAUUUAAAGAACGUCUUUCUACCCUAUACAACAGACUCUUCCAUUUUUAUUGAGGAGUCCUACAUAUGUGGCGAUCUUUAUAGUUUUUAUGUAUUGAAAAACAUGAUACAAGAUAUGAUGGUUAUAUACGAGCCGAUUAUGUAUUGGUUACGGAAAAGGGAUACAAUAUAUUCUACAGAAACAAUGAAUAUAUUUGAAUUGAAAUCACCUUUUUUUAUGGUGACAUUACCUGGGGAAGGUACUUUUUUAAAAAUACGGCAAUUUGCCAUUCAUUUAUCACUGGGCCCAACCUGGAUAUUGAGGGCUAGUUGUAUAGGAAUGGCAUGUGAUGGAGUAUUAAGUGAUACAAAUAUGCACUUAAUGGUUCUUGGAGGAACCAAUAAGAAGGAAAUUUUUUUGGAUGGUCCCCUGAAAAAUUCGGAUAGUGAUUUAAUAGUAUCUGCUACAUUUGAAGAGGGACAUCUCAUUGUUGACAAUAGACUUGUGGAUUUAGUUGAAUUUUUGAACGAUCUACUUUUCGCAAUGCUGUUCCCUGCCGAAAUAAAUCCACCUGUGUUCCUUGAUGAAAGCGUGAUGAUUCCCUCACUUGAAGUCCUUAUUUCAUGUAGCAACUUAUCUUUUGAUGUUCUUGGAGAAUCUUCUGGCACGUGGAAUUUGCCAUUUCGUUUGUCUUGUAAUGGUCAAGAAAGCCUCUUGGUGGAAUUUAAGCGGUUUCCAGACACCCACAUGAACACUACUGUCACCUUUGGACGUUGUUUUUUAUGUAGUGUGGAUGAGUUUACAUUAAUCCUCCCUUCCUAUUCCAAUAAAGGAGUAUUACAACUUGUCAUGGAUUGGAGACCACCGAUGGAGUUGGUUACGGAGGAAAAAUAUUCCACACUUACGGCAUCUUUAUUUGUUGUGGAACGUUAUUUUACUUUCCAUUUACCCGCAUUACAUGAGUUUCUGCAUCAAUUUAAUCGAAAUGGAUCAGCACUAUAUCGGUUGAGAAGUUUAGGGUCUAGGUUGCAUUUUGGUCUAAGGGAACCUAAUAAAGAAGUUUAUUCCGCUCCACUUUGGCCUCAUCGAACCAUUAUUAAACUUGAUGCAAAAAAUAUUAUAAUGUUUUAUCAUCCCUGGUACAAGAAGGAAUUGAGUGAUCUUUCUAGUAACACGGAAUUUUUUGUGAGAACAAGUUUUUCUUCUUGCAAGGCAAACUGGUCUUUUGAUGGGUUUAAAGGUCAUAUUUUGAUGGAAUUAUUCUUGAUAACAGGAUUACCAAGAGUUAUGAAAUCAUCAUGCAGUUGUGCAUCGAACGUACUCUCUAAAAAUAAUGUCUUGUUGGUGGAGUUAAGGCAAGAUGUUACCUAUGAUUUGGAGAAGCAGAAGGAAGCAUUCAGUAUAGUGAUGAGGGGAAAAGACAUGAUGAAAAUACCUCAGAUGUUUAAAACCCCAAUUGGCGCAAAACCUUCAUCUUGUGCGGCUGAUAUGAUGCCGUUUAUGGUUUCUUUUGAAGAGGCAUAUGAAUUUAUUGAGAUUGUAAAUGCUGCGUUUGAUUUCUCGUCGCCGCAACAAGUUACUGUGGAGAUAAGCCCUAGACAUGAACGUGUUUUAAAAAUAAAUGUUGCACCUUUUCUAGUGUAUUCUCCCUCUUUGUUUGAUGUGGCAUUCGUAUCAUGGGAGGGUAUAGAUUUCAUGAUACAAAAAGAUGGGAACUUUGAGGGAACCAUGGUGGGUAUAUCACUCUUGUAUGAUGCAUCCUUAAGGGCGAUUGAAAAUCAAGAAAUGACAGUGUUGUGGGAUCAUCUCCAUACAGUUAAAAAGGCUACUGCUAUUUUAGAGGUAUUGGGAAAUCAGGAUACUGAAGAAGACUUUAUAACACUAAAGAAAAAAUCAGAUAUGGAUUCUGUCAUGCUACAUAUUGGUGGUGUUUUUUUGCAUAUCACCGAGAAGAAACUACCGUUGCUGUUACAUCAAUUCAUGGAGGUCCACAAUUUUUUUUGUUCUAAUACUUUACCAUUGCCUUUAUCACCACGAGAAAAUGUUAUUGCUACUUCCGAGCUGAAUUAUGCACUCAUGAAUAUUCAGUUCGACGAGGUGCAUUUGGGUUUUAGGUGGAACAGUCGAAUGAAUGGUAUCUAUGGGGAACUUCAUUGUGCCCUUUUUGCGUUUACAUGGAGAAGUAAUGGAGCCUUAACCUUGAAGGAUGGAGUUGUGCAGUUGAAGUGGUUUGAUGCAGCUCCACUUGGUGAGUCCAUGGGUUCAGUUGAUCUAUUGCUUCAAGAGGCCAGCGAGACUGUACCGCUGAUUGAGCACAUAUCGCUUUCAAGUGAGGAAUCACGUUUAGGGAAGAUCCUUGUGAAAAUCUCACCUAUUCACAUGAAUUUAUCUUUCGACACUUAUUUGAGCCUUGUUGAGCUAGUUGUGUACCAUCUGAGACUUGAACUCAGAAGACCCGCGAGAAGGACAUCAGGGGAUUUCGUUUCUGUAGAGACCCUAGGUAAAGGUACCUUGGAUAUGAAAAAGUCACUCUCAUCUGCGUCAUAUUUGUUUUCAUGUGGGAAUGGGGAUACUCUUACAUCAUUCAGCGGUGCGGGAUUUCUUGUGCAGAGUGGUGAUGUAACUCCUACCUGGCAAUUUUCUCUGGAGUUGGCGAAGGUAAGGCUCACGGUCGACACGGAACGGCGGGCGAAAAAUGCUGCCAGAAAAAAUUUUAAACCUUUAUUGUGGUUAAACCUCACAAAUAUCAUUUUUGAUCUUUUUCCUAAUGGGACCUCUUUUGCGUUGGAUGAGGUGAGACUAUCUUUUCUUCGCGAGACAAGUGUCGUUUCCCUUUCAGGUUUGCAGUUUAGUACAUCGCGUGCUUCUGAUUCAAUGCCUUCAGUGCCCGAGAUGGUGUACAUGGUGCAAUCGAUGAUCACUAGGUUUUUUACACCCGAUUUGUUGACGUGUUUUGAUCGCCUCAUCAAGACUCCUGCAGAGGAGCUUGCAGAACUUUACUGGGAGACGACACACCCAAGCGGAAGUGAUAUUUUGUGCCGUUUCCAUACCGAAGACAGUACUCGUGAUAAUGGCGGUAAUGGUGACAACCGUAGCGGGAGUAAGAAGGGCAAUUACCGUAAGAUGGAGGUUUUAACGGUGGGUACACCUGUGUGGGAAUUGACGAACGACCUUGUGCUUAGCCGCAAUGGUGGAACGGUGUUACAGUUCUCUAACGUGAAUACAAACAAUAUUCACGUGGAGAUGAACGGCCACUCAAUUCUUAUUGAGACGCCACGGAAAGCGGGAGCUGAGAUUGUGAUGGUGGUUGACGGAGGAAUUUCAUUGACGUUUUGCAAUGGUCGUUUUUUUUUGCCUUGUCUUCUCUCGGAAGAGACUCGAAUGCGUCGUCUAGAACGUUUGGGCGAGGAAGCCUUGUUGUUACCAUUCAUAGCACUGGGUGAAUGCAGUUAUAUUCGAUGUUUUAAAGUCCGUUAUGCCACAACCGAGAGGCACAAUUUGCAACAUUUUUAUCAUGAGGAGCAGAAGCAACAGAAAGAGGAUGGGGUUAUUGAAAGUGUGCGCCCUCAACGCUGGAAAAUGCAUGCGGGAAUUCAUUCAGUCGUACUACAUGUAUCUUCGGAACGACAAAAGGGUAUCGUGAAGGCGACUGUUGCCGUGGAAGCGAAGAUAAGCCUGCAUGGUAAGAAGAUUGAGCGAGGCGAGAUUUCCCUUGAGAACUUUAGUGUUGUCACACGCACCAUGGAUUCCACCACUAAUAAUACAACCAACACCACCACCACCGCCGUCAGCAGAAGCAGCAGCCCCAAGAGUAACAGUAACAUGAGUGCAUCGGCGAUGGAUAAUGUUUUGAUUGCUCCGGUUUCUAUUCAUCUCUGCAUCUCGGAAAGCCGUCAGUUUGCGUUUUCUCUGGGGCGGGUUGUUGUGGAUGCCAUGGUGGGCGAUUUGUUGUUAUUGAGUAUUAUGGCGCGCGAGCUUUUUCUUUUUGCGCGGCAUGUUAUAUCAUUCCAGCUUGCACCAACGGAACAAGAGUACAGAUUGCAAAUUGAGCACGUCUUGGGGUGGAAUUCGGUGGGUAUGCGUGGAGAUCAACACGAGGAGGGCGGUGAUGCUCGCCAAAGGGGCGAGGCGCCGAAUGAGGAGCCAACAAACAAAAUGCCAGUACUUUCACUGGCCUUAUUCCUGCCCAUGAUGGAGGUGAAAUUAAGUAAUCUCAAGUAUCCACUGGUACAGCUGUCACUAGCCGAUAUUGUGUGGAAGGUGAACAUGUUUUGCACGAGUCGAACAACCUUGUUGCAGAGCCAGCAGCUCAAUAUACGGGUUUACGGCAAGGGUCGCUGGGAUACACUCAUACCACCAAAGGCUGUGAUAUCCCUUGAGGCAGUUCAUUCUUGGUCAAGAAGGACUCGUACGGAGCAGGUCGAGCUGCAGUGUGACGGCUUUGUUUUGUAUGCCUCACACCUAUUGCUUUCCAAGAUGAUGCACAUCCACCGUGAAUGUUCAGAGUUUUAUUCUACCAUUUUUGAACUUUCACAUCAUGCGCAGGAAGCGUCACCUCCGAUAGGUCUUUCUAACAUUUUGAAUCCCGUUUCCACCGCGACACAUCGUUUUAUAAAUGUUUUUGAUGAUGUUUUUUAUCUCUUUGUUGGAAAAGAUUUGGAAAAUGGAGAAAUUGUGCCAUUACCCUCCUCCACCGCAGUGGAUCUCACACUGCCGUUCAACAGGGCGGAAGAUGUUCGAGUUUACCUAUACCCUCGGCAUUGCAUUGAGCUGAAUGAAAAUGGACGUCAUGUAAGAAAUAAUGAGGGAUUACGUAGAGACAUGCAACACUGUCAUGUUGUGGCAAGUCAGUUGCAGUACGGUCGUGCCUUUGGUCUUGUAUUGGAUGAUCUGCUUGUGGUAAUCUCAUGUGUAGAGACGGAAGGGAUACAGAAGGGGAUGCCACCUUUGUCCUCUGUGAAUGCCAGAUGUCAACAAUAUGGUGACCGUGGUGCGAAGCCUCUUAAUUUGACCAAUCAGGCAAAUUUAUUGCCCCCAUUUCGAAAGUUGCCAAUGGCUUCAUUUGGGGGAAUAGAUGAGGCGGGUUUAGUCAUUGUCCGUAUUCAUUCUCGGAGAUCCCUUUACAAUGGCAUUGGGAUGAUGAUCGAGGUACGUCAGUAUAUUCUAGCUGAUUCAGAGGAGACACCGAUGAGUGAAGACUUCUGGAUCGUGCCUCCAAACUCGGAGUAUCCUCUUGUUGCUUUAUGCAAUCGGUUAGAGCUCCGUUUUUCGCUGGAUGGGGAUGUUUAUGGUACGUCAUUCAGUACGCCCUCUCUUGAAACUGGCGUUGUCUUGGCGUUUCAACGAAUUGGAAAUGCAGUGUCAAACCGGGAAAACAGCGGUUUUUUGCCAGUGUCUGUCUUUAUUGCACUGCGUCGUUUUCCUGAGAGCGGCUCCACUGUCAUCCAUCUUCUUCCCCGUAUGACGGUUCUUAAUCAUAUUGGGGUCCCUAUAAAACUGUCGCUCUGGCAGGAAGAGGGAACUGAAGAAGAAAAGGAGGAGGAGGAGGAGGAGGAGAGGCUGCUGAACCAUCGGGAUGAUAGCGUGAGCAGUACUAGUAAUGAUGGUGAAAGAGGCAGUAGUAUUACUGCUAAUAGUGGUCAACCAUCCUCACGAUGGCCUCACUGGAGAAGGCGUUCUUCGCGACGGCGACUCAUAAGUCUUGGAGAACACGGAGCCCUUCCACAUCAAGGUGCUCUUUCCAUUUGUCGCUGCUCCUACAGCAGCGGUCUCUUGCUGAGUCUGAGCUUCACACAGACAGGUGGAGAGACAGUGCAAACCGAAAGGACUACAAAGGUAUGCAGCUCGCUUAAAAGGAGGGUAGGGCGAGAGCCAUGUCUUAUUCAGUUGUGUGACUCAAGCGAGCGUUCAUUUUAUGUGCAAGUAACUGUGCUGCAUCGAACGAUCAUAUUGUCUGUUGGAUAUUGGGUGAUCAAUCUCACGGAGUACCCCAUUUUACUGAAAGACAGUUACACUUCACGCCACCUCACAGCAGGGCAGUCGAUGAACACCGGUAUUCCGCCAUCACGGGGUCUUCCUUUUCUUAUUGGUUCUCGUCCGGCAGAAUUCACGGUUGCCUUAUUAAAGAUUGGUCUGGAUGAGGAAUGGUCCGAGGGAAUUCCGACGCAGGUGGGAUCGCAUGGUGUUGCAGAGUCACCGCGCCGCAUGGUGGGUGGUGUCACACGAAGCUGCAACUAUGUUAUCCAGUUCCCUCGUGUUCAAGAAGGACGACCCGCGGUGCUGCUUCUCACCCCACGUUGGGUGUUUAUCAACAAUGCUAACCGUCGUUUGAAAGUUCAUUUUACAUUUCCUGUUGCGAAAAAGAUGCCGUCAUUGAAGAAGCUGUCUUCUCGUGAACAAAGAUCACCACGUGCAUCCGAAGCGGAUACGGAUUCUUUGCCGUUCCUGACGCUGCGGCCAGGCGAGCAUCAAUUUAGCUGCAUUGGCACGGCAACUGGAAACAUGGCAUCAUUCCAGGACACUCUGGAGGAUGCUGUGCCGUCAGUCACCUCGCUCUUUUCUGAUACUGUGCGACAUAAAAAUCUUGCAGAAUUUUAUGAAGCGCAUCGCACUGCAUCCAUCUCUGUAGAUGGUCCUGGCCACGCGGUGUUUAACUUGUGGGCUUCUCUUAAGCGUCAGCCAGCGGUUCCAAGCGUCUUCUAUGGAGCGAGAAUAGCGAAUCACAGAUCGUCCUCGUUAUUACCACAGUCAUCAUCAGAUUGCCCUGAAUUUGAUGAAGAUGUGGCUUUUGUCACGGGCCGUAUCAGCGUGACGGUGCAGCAUAUUGACAACGUUUUGGCUGUUGUGAUCAAAAGCAUUCAUUCUACAAACAUGGUGAUUCAGAAUCGAGCGCGCAGCGUAACGCUUGCGGUGCGGCAAAAAGGAAGCCAACGUCGCACCGUUAUUCCCCCGUGUCAGAACCGUUUUUUUCUAUGGGAGGACUAUCGCACAGAUCCUGUGAUAUCUCUGCACGUUAUUGGUUUCAAGGGGGCAUGGUUUGAGGUGGACUUCUCACGGGGAAGUUAUCAGGUUCAACGGCGCCACACAUCUGAACUUACAGAAAACGUGCUUUCCACGUUUAGUUUUCGGGCCUGUAUAAGCACACGGAAUGCGCAGCGUGUGACAAUUCUGUUUACGGAUGAAAAUUUCCCACCACAUACCUCUUUUGAUGACGCGUGGCAUAGAAGUGUGGGGCGCACAAUUUCUUUUCCAUCACUGGAGUUGUUGUGGCUCAUGGAGGGGCAAUCUACCGGGGAUAAGCCACAUUUGUCUCUGGUAAUGCGAGAUUUGCAGGUGCAAACCCUUGUUGCAGGCAAUACCCACGCCAUUUCAAUAAUCCUGAAGCGACUGCAGGUUGUAGAUGUACGCAGGCAGGUGAUUGUUGUGCUGCACCGCGCGAACCCGGCAACUUCAAACGCGACAGAGGUGUCUACGGGUGGUAGGAUUCUAAGCUGGCUUUGGAGAGGUGAAGAGGUACCACAGCAGGAUUUCCAGGCGGUGUAUGCUGCUAUGAUGUCACCAAGCGGUGUGACACGUGUGACGGAGUUAUCUUUUGUAUUUACUCCUUUUGUUUUGAAUUUAUCUGAUCAACUUGUGGUGUCGCUUUGGCAAGAGUACCGUGGACUCUUCUCUUUUUUCAAGAAUAAUGGCAGCAAGACAACGCUGGUUUCAGAAGCCUUGUCAUCAACACCGGUCUCACACCACGAAUUCUCACAGAGGCUAAUGGCGAGGAUGCAAGAGCCUGAGAAUUGUACCGCAGAGAUCUCCGUUGGUAAUACGUCCCUGACUUCCUCUUCUGCAAUUCCAAUUGUUAAUUAUUUCAAUCAAAGCGAAACACACGAGGGGCCGGCGCUAUUGUUUAUUGAUCAGGCUCAUUUUUCCCGUCUUACGGUAUUUCUAACCUUCAGUCGCCAAAAACCCGAUUUGCUGUGGGAACUUUUAGGGAUGUAUACAUUGAUGAUUCCCAAAAGGCUGGAGCAAAAGGAAUUUUCAUGGAAUGCGCUAGUAGUUGAGAACGGUACAACGACGUGGGGUUUGCUGCUCGCACAGGCACAGCGUUGGUUGAUGGAUGGGGCGUUGCGCCAAUGGCCAAAGGUAACGCGCCUAGGUGACAUUGUCGACACGUUUAAAAGAGGUUCAAACAGGCGUGUGACACUCGCAGGCACACCCGCACCGAGAUUGGCAGAUGUAAACAAUUUUUCUGAUGGUGAUGAUGAUAAGAAGGAGAAGGACAAGAGGGAAAAUGAGGCACUUUCUUCCAGUAGGAGGAUGUUGUAG